GCCGUAGACUCUGGGAUUGGUUGAAACCGCUAGGUCAAGGGAGUCGAUCGGAGUCAACCGCGAACCUUCGCGUUUAUAACCCCCCUCCCCGUGUGGCUCCAUCCCAGACGCAAAUCCGUUUUCGUCUCUGCAUGUUCGUGUCCGUCGGCUGGUUAUCCCAUGGCGGAUUCCGCGCGAACCAUAAUGCACGGGACUUGGUUCACCACCGGGCAAAAGGACAGCGCGUCUGCGGGGAUGACAGUGGAGAAGCCGAAAAAGAAAGCGUUUUACCUGGUCCGGAUGAAAUCUCUCAGCAACAAGAAGGAGACCGCAAACAAUAACAACAUGCCCUUCAUGAUCCAUUGCCACAUAGGCAAAGAGAUCAAGCAUAUAUGCAGCAACUGCAGCCGCGGGAAUGAGGCGCGGGACGCAGAGGAAGCUGAGAGGCUGGCAGCGAUGCGCUCGGAGUCCCUCGUACCCGGGACCCACACUCCACCCAUCCGGAGGCGGAGCAAGUUUGCCACCCUCGGACGCCUCUUCAAGCCCUGGAAGUGGAGGAAGAAGAAGAGCGAGAAGUUCAAGCAAACCUCUGCAGCUCUGGAGCGGAAGAUAUCCAUGAGGCAGAGCAGAGAGGAGCUGAUCAAGAGGGGCGUGCUGAAGGAGAUCUUUGAAAAAGACGGGACGAUACCCGUAACUAAAGAAGAAGGGAAGAUGGAGAAUGGGCAGACACCGGCACCCCUUUCCGGCGCGCUGGAGUGCGAUACCUCGGACCACGCCUUCCGAGUGCUCCCCAACUCUGACCUCAUGGACGGGACCGCCACCAUGGAUUACCGGCCGUCCAUGGAGGGGGGCAUCUGUCCUCAGGACCCCCCUAUGAAGCCCGCCUUGGUUCUGCCUCCCAAGAAGUCUGUGGCCUUCCUCAGCGACAGCCAGGACAUCCCCGCGAAGCCACCCCUGUUCCAUAAGCAGCCCCCUGCACUCCCCCCGAAACCCUUCUCCAGAGUCCCCAACCACAUCCCUGACUCGGCACAGCCCAUCAAGCUGCCCUACAUGCCAGGGAAGAUGUCCCCUCCUCUACCUCCCAAGAAGGUGAUGAUCUGCGUGCCUACGGGGGGCCUGGAGGCCUCCCUGUCCGCCUUCGUGCAGAAGUGCUCGGCGCAGCCGCUGGGCCUGCACCACGGCGGACUGCCGCCCCACCCGCCCCUCCCGCCCCAGCUGCAGUACGGCACGCUGCCCAUCUCCGUGCACCCGCCCAGCCGCAUCAUCGAGGAGCUCAACAAGACGCUGGCGCUCACCAUGCAGCGGCUGGAGAGCUCGGCCCUGCACACGGGCCAGUGCGGUUUCCUGGACAGCAGGCAGGUGCCCACCGUGGUCAUCGACUGCGAGGACGACAAGGAGAACAUGCCCAACGAGUCGGACUACGAGGACCUGCCCAGCAUGUACAAGGACGAGGAGGACGAGGGCGACGAGGAAGAGGAGGACGAUGACGACGACUCGCUGUUUACGAGCACCCUGGCACUGAAGGUCCUGAGGAAGGACUCGCUGGCCAUUAAGCUGAGCAACAGGCCGACGCAGCGCGAGCUGGAGGAGAAGAACAUCAUCCCCAUGCAGACGGACCAGGAGCGGCUGGAGUCCCGGCAGCAGAUCGGAACCAAGCUGACGCGGAGGCUGAGCCAGAGGCCCACGGCCGAGGAGCUGGAGCAACGCAACAUCCUGAAACCACGCAACGAACAGGAGGAGCUGGAGCAGAAGAGAGAGAUCAAAAGGAGGCUGACGCGGAAGUUGAGCCAGAGGCCCACGGUGGAGGAGCUGCGGCAGGCCAAGAUCCUCAUCCGCUUCAGCGACUACGUGGAGGUGGCCGACGCCCAAGACUACGACCGGCGGGCGGACAAGCCCUGGACACGCCUCACGGCUGCCGACAAGGCCGCCAUACGGAAGGAGCUCAAUGAAUUCAAAAGCACUGAGAUGGAGGUGCACGAGUCUAGUCGCCAUCUAACUCGGUUCCACAGACCAUAAAACAGCACUGUAAGAACAAUGCUACAUGGGUUAUUUCUUUCUUUGGUUUGUUUUUUGAAGAACCUUAAGUGCUGUAUCGUUUAAAAAGGUGCCCAUGUCUAUAAAAAGGCCACACGUCUUCUGAAAUGCCUUUCGAAAACCCUGCAAGAGAGCCGAUAGAACCUGUACUGACCUGGAAGCGGGUCACUGUCACGGUGACUCCGCCCCUGCAGCUCCCUGGCUGGAGCUCAGGGCGGGGACGGGUGACCCUCUGUGUUUUCAAAGCGUCCUCUGUUGUCACUGGGGACCCGUUACCCGCCUCUACGGGAAAUACAGCACUCUUCCUUCUCAUCCUCAUCCUCCAUCUCACUGAACUCUGGGGGCGGUGUUGGGUUUGGGGAGUGGGUGUUUGGCGCUCUGAACCUGUCUGGACCGGUACAGGUUGGGAUGGCGUUUGGAUGCCUUUUGGAGCAGCGGGGUCCCUGACUCCAGGAGCCGGGCUGCUGGUGAGCAAGAUCCCUAUGCAGUGCCCCCC